CGCUGUCAAGUGUCACUGAAUUAGAUCAUCAUCUUCGUCGUAUUUUCGUUUACUAAUUUCACAAAAAAACAAAUUUUGCUCUGCUUAUAAUAGUAUUUGUGUUUUUCUAGUUACGAGCUCCUCAAAUACCUUGCCAUAAUCGUGGGAAACUGAAGGUUUAAAAGGAAAAUUUUGGGAAUAACAAAUCCAAAAAUGCCUGUUAAUAUUCCGGAUUGUCCUCCUAGUCUAAAAUCCAUUCAGCACUAUCUUAAGACUGCUGCAGAACAUGAUGCUAGAGACCCAGUUGUGGCUUAUUGGUGUAGACUGCAUGCUUUGCAAGUUGGCUUGAAAAUUACUACAAAGAAAACACCGGAGGAAACGAAAGUUCUAAUGGCAAUAAUGGACUGGUUAGAGGAAGCAAAAACUACUCACAAAGAUAAUGAAGCUGUGUCCAAUGAAGUGGCAGCACAAGCACACCUGGAAAAUUAUGCAUUGAAGUUGUUUUUAUAUGCAGACAAACAAGAUAGAGAGCAGAACUAUGGAAAGAAUGUUGUCAAAGCAUUUUACACUGCCGGAAUGAUAUAUGAUGUCCUGUGUACUUUUGGAGAUCUAACAGAUGAAGCGACACAAAACAGGAAAUAUGCCAAAUGGAAAGCUGCGUACAUCCACAACUGCCUUAAAAAUGGAGAGACCCCUGUUCCAGGUCCAAUGCCCACCGAAGGUGACCAAAAUGAUCAGAAUACCACCAGCGACAGCCAGCAAGCUCCCUCCGAUUCCCCUCAAGUAUCUGGCUUCACAGCUGUCACACCAGCUACUCCUCCAACUGUCCUCCCCACAAUACCUACUAGCUUCAGCAAUUCUCUACCAGACCCUAACGCUGCUAUGAGAGCUGCUUCUCAGUUACCACCAGUACCAUACACUCCUGAUCCCAACCCUGGGGGGUUCGUGCCCUAUGACCCCUCGCAGCAGCCGCAACAGCCGUCAACCGUCUACGGUGACAACUCAACUGCUGUAGCUCAGCUCACUCCUGACCAAAUUGCUAAAGCUCAGAAGUACUGCAAGUGGGCCAGCAGCGCUCUCAACUACGACGACGUCAAAACUGCAAUCGGCAACCUCAGGAAUGCUCUGGAGUUGCUCCAAACAGGACGAGACCCUGCUUAAAAGUGUGAGAUUUAUAAGAUCAGGUUGGUAAUCAAUUAAUUAUUAUUUAAAUGUAUCAUAAGCAUUAUUUACACUAAACUUUAAAAUUUAAAUAUUUUUUGUAAAAUAUGUUGCAGAUUUCAAUGUUUAUCUGUAAUGUACACUGUCCGUUAGUACACCAGCCUUUUCUUGUUGCUUGAAGUUAUUAAAAUAUUGUGCAUGGUAACCGCCAUGCAGACAUGCAAAAAAGGCUUACAUUCGGUCCCAUUCAAUUUACUAAGGCUUAUAUGUAUAACUAUCAGUCUCAGUAAAUACUAUUCAACUUGCAUAGAUCUAAAAAGUUCCAGAAAGAUGUAAGCAAAUAUGACUGAAAAAGUGUUAUAAACUCUACAUACAGCAAACCAUUAUAGG